CCAAGCGGAAACAGGGAAGAUCCCGGCCAAGCAGGACUCGUGUCACUUCGCAAUUUGCCGCGCGCUGGGCCGAGCGACCGCCUCUAGAUAGACUGCCCGUAACUGAUCCCUCUCCAGCCGCCGUCUUCAACAUGGUGUCUCAGGCGAGCGCGGCCCCGGGCCUCGGCCUCUUGGCUUGCGACUGGCUGUGCAAGCCGGCGCCGGACGCGGACGCGCGCUCCGACGGCUCGGCGCGCACCAUGGACGAGGCCGUGGACCUCGAGGUGCUGGCGCUCAUGGCGGCGUCCGAGCAUUCCCAUUCCGCCGCCUACGACGUCUACGAGGACGACGAGGACGACGACGACGACUGCUGCGGCGAGCGCCGGCCCAGCGUCUCGGGGCUGCCGCUCGUGUGCAGCAACUGCGGCGUGUCCUUCUUCUCGCUGCAGAUCCCCGACGACCAGGUGGACUGCUACUGCUCGGGCGAGUGCAAGUGGAGCGUCAUCAUGUACCGCGAGAUGGACCUGCGCAUGCUGGCCAUGCGUCGGCCCGCGCGCCGCCACGCGACCCCGCUCAGCAGCACGUGCUCGUCCUCGAGCAUCUGCGACGACGACGAGCGCGAGCGCGAGAGCCUCGUGUCGUUGAGCUUCAGCGACGACUCGACCGCCAGCUUGUCCUGUAGCUGAACGGGGAGGGGAUGCGCAGCAGUGGAGUAUUUACUAUUUAAGGUGCCUCAGCACUGCGAGACGACAAGUACGGAGAAAGAGGGAGAGACCGACCGACCACCAGUGUACUUUCAUUAUAAUGCGUGUAGUAGUCUAUUAUUGUCGAGUGUAUAAGCGCCAUCCGCCCCGUGGUGGCGGGGGGGGGGGUGACCAACCUAUUACUUUAUAACGGAUUCAUUUUCCCAUU